CAAAACGGUUCUGAUUCCAAUUGCAACUGCAGAACGCACACAACAACACCAACUUCAUAAGAUAUGAAACACCCGUGAUAUUUACCAAAGCGCAAAACAGAGGGUUUUCACUGUUGUGAUGUAGUGUGUCAAACACUGACACUUUUUAAAAUCUGCAUAUACCAACGGCAUAAACAUUUGAAAUGGUGUCGUACAAGAGACUCACCCCUGAGGAAGUACAUUUCUCAGGAGCUGCAUUAUUGGAUGCUGAUGAGUCGACGGACACCGAUCUGAAAGAAGAACACCCAGAACUGCCCCUGCUGCCCCAGAGUCCUCGCUGCUCCAUCACUAUCGCCCUGCUGACCCUUGGAGGACUUAUUGUGGUUCUCUCUGGUGUCUGGCUGCUUGGAACUAUAUUUUGGUUACAUAAGCCACCCUCCACAGAACCUCACAGACCCCCUCUUCCCGCUGUGGCUAGAAGCCCAAACGGGACGUGGCUGCAGCCAGAGUCCUGCUCGCAGAUACCAGAAGCAUGGAGGUUUGACUGUUAUCCAGAGAGAGGUGUGGUGGUCACGGAGGAGAUGUGCCAUGCUCGAAACUGCUGCUUCAUACAGCAGUCACAGGCUAAGACAUCAGGACGGAAUGGAGUGCCCUGGUGUUUCUACACACCUGACUAUCCAUCCUACGAGUUGGUGUCAAUUACUAACACUGAGAUUGGGAAGGCUGGAAAACUGCUCCGGAACAAAAAAACCUAUUAUCCUAAAGACAUAGAUGCACUGCAGCUGGAGGUGCUGUAUGAGGAGGACAACAGACUGCAUGUGAAGAUAACAGAUCCGGCUGAAAAGAGGUAUGAGGUGCCUAUAGAUGUUCCUGUGGUUCAGAAAAGAGCAUCAUCAAACCCCUCUUACACUGUAGACUUCAUCAAAGAACCCUUUGGGCUGAUCGUCAAGAGAGCACAGACAGGAACUGUGCUGCUGAACACAUCCAUAGCUCCUCUCUUCUACGCGGAUCAGUUUCUGCAGAUGUCCACAUCAUUACCAUCUCGUUUCAUAUAUGGACUGGGUGAACAUCGCUCCAACUUUCUGCAUGACGUCCAGUGGAACACUCUCACUAUGUGGGCUCGAGAUGUCCCACCCAUGGAGCUGACCAACCUCUAUGGCGUCCAUCCAUUUUAUCUUUCCAUGGAAUCUGAUGGAAUGGCACAUGGGUUUUUCAUGCUCAACAGCAAUGCAAUGGAUGUGGCUCUGCAGCCUGCUCCCGCUAUCACCUGGCGCAUGAUUGGUGGGAUCCUUGACUUUUACAUUUUCCUAGGCCCGGAUCCCAGCUCUGUGAUCGCUCAGUACUUGGAUGUUGUAGGGAAGCCUGCAAUGCCCAUCUACUGGGCUCUGGGCUAUCAUCUCUGCCGAUGGGGCUACAAGUCAAGUGACAAAACCUGGAAUGUUGUAAAAGAAAUGCGUAAUUUUGGGAUACCUCAGGAUGUUCAGUGGAAUGACAUUGACUACAUGGAUCAUGCUUUAGAUUUCACUUAUGACACUAUGAACUUUUCCACCCUUCCUGACCUUGUGAAAGACCUUCAUAGACAUGAUCAACACUACGUCAUGAUCCUGGAUCCCGGAAUCAGUAACUCUCAGCCGUCUGGCUCCUACUGGCCAUUUGAUGAAGGGAAGAAGAGGGGCAUCUUCAUCAAUGAUUCGAAUGGAGACAUCCUUACUGGGAAGGUCUGGCCAGGACUCACGGCCUUUCCAGAUUUCUCCAAUCCAGACACACAUGAAUGGUGGUACCAGAAUCUGAAGAGUUUCCAUGAAAAAGUGCCUUUUGAUGGCGUGUGGAUUGACAUGAAUGAACCAUCUAAUUUUUUUGAUGGAUCACUGAAUGGCUGUCCUGAGAAUGACCUGGAAAAUCCUCCCUACACCCCAGGGAUUCUGGGUGGAACAUUAAAGGCCAAGACUGUGUGUGCAUCUGCACGUCAGAAAAUCUCCACUCACUACAACAUACACAGUCUGUAUGGACUCAUGGAAGCUAAGGCAACUGAAAGUGCUUUGAGGAAGAUCACAGAUAAGCGUCCCUUCGUCAUUUCCCGCUCUACGUUUCCCAGUCAGGGCAAGUAUUCAGGCCACUGGCUCGGAGACAACAGGAGCCAAUGGAAAGACCUGGCCACAUCCAUACCAGGUAUGCUGACAUUUAACAUCCUGGGCAUUCCUCUUAUUGGGGCAGACAUCUGUGGCUUUGGAGGCAGCACUACAGAAGAACUGUGUGUCCGAUGGACCCAGCUUGGAGCUUUCUACCCCUUUUCAAGAAAUCACAACUCCAUAGAUGAACAGGAUCAGGAACCAACUGCAUUUAGUCCUGCAGCUCGAAUAGCAAUGAAAGAAGUCAUCCUCCUACGUUAUUCCCUGUUCCCACAUCUCUACACACUCUUCCAUCAUGCACACAUCAGUGGACAGACAGUCGCCACACCACUGCUCUUCCAGUUCCCAAACGAUGAGAAGACAUACGGGAUAGAUAAACAGUUCCUAUGGGGAAAGAGUUUGCUGGUCACACCGGUUUUGGAGGCAGGGCAAGAUCAUGUUGUAGGAUAUUUCCCUAAAGGUCUCUGGUACGAUUUCCACACCGGUGACACAUUGGUAAGCAGUGGAGAAGAAAUCAAUCUUAAGGCUCCAUUAGACAAAAUCAACCUACAUCUCAGAGAGGGUUCCAUCAUACCUACACAGAGACCUAACACCACCCUGUGGGUGAGCAGCGGUCAGCCCCUUAAUCUGAUUGUGAGUCUGAGUGAGGACGGCCUGGCCAAGGGUGAUUUAUUUUGGGAUGAUGGAGAGACCAUUGACACUUACGAGAAAGAUCAGUAUGCUUACAUCUGUUUCACAGUGGAACAGAAUACGAUGACAUCAGAGGUGCUGCAUAAUCAUGAAGAGGCUGCUUACAUCACAGUGGAGACCGUUUCCUUUUAUGGGGUGAAGGUGAAGCCAGAAAACGUAACUGUGAAUUCACAAGAGGCAGCGUUCACUUACCAUGACAAUCAGGUGCUGACAGUAACAGACUUGGGUCUGAACCUCAGUCGUAACUUCACAAUCAACUGGAUGUAAAUGUGACCGUCAUCACCACUAUUGCAAAAUUGGAAGUUACUGCAGAAAUCAUGACCGUAACAUCUCAAAUGACUUCAUCUCAGUACUUGCACAAUGGUGGUUCCGGUUCCAACCUGAAAUCAAAUAUAAACCAGAAAGGAUAAGACCGAUUAUUGAUUGUAUGUUGAAUGUUUGUAUUAUUGACCCCGUGGUGGUCAGUUGCACUCAAAAGGUAGCAAAACCGAAGGGAAGAAUUGUGUUUUUUUAAUUAAACUAGUUUGUUCUGUUAUUGGGUAGAUAUGUAUUUAAACUGCUGUUAUUAUCACUGCCUUUUAUUGCUGAUAUUGUUUCCAGAACAGAAAGAUUCUUCUGACACUCUUUUAAACCUUUAACAGUCGAAUAAAGCUUUUCAUCUUAAAGUUCAUUAUGGUUUACACUACACCAUACCACCAAAAAGUAGGCAAGUUCAAGUUGAUUUUGAGUAUCUUAAAAUAAAAUCAGAUCCUGCUGAAAUCAUAACCUUUCAGAUUCUUUCAAAUUAAGUUGGUCAUUAUUAUUCUGAUUUGCAUAUGUGUAUAUAUAUAUUGUUCACUAGCAUGUUUGCACAGGACAUUCUGAUGCAGCAGGAAUGCAUGUUUGAGCUUUAGUUUCCAUGUACUGACAGGCUUGUAAUUGAAAUGAUCCAAUAUGUUCAGCCAAUCCAAAUGUGACAGAAAUAGUUUUUGUUCUCAUAAAUGAUUCGUUUUAUCGUCCAAAGUGAGUAAUUCUAAAAAUGAAUAGCCAUGAAAAUAGUACGCAAGUAAAUCACUGUACAUUAUUCAUCAUGGCUUAUCUCCUACCACAUGCUGUUGAUAUUAACAUGUAUAUCAUAACAUUGUGCCUUAUAGUUCAUCAAAGAUGUGAUUCAACAUUCAGUGGCUUUACUGUGAAUGUAUAAAACCCUCCUUUCAUAGCACUGGGCUUCUGUACAACUUAUGAAAACAUUCAAAUGUAUAGAUUUGUGUGCCUGAAACUGAAUCUAAAUAAUAUAUCUAUGACAGUAUGAGGCAGUUUAAGGCUUCUUUCCUUUAAAUGACCCUGAAUAAACUGCUGUACAGUAUUUCACAAGAAAGUUACAGGGUAGUGUGCAAUAAAGAUUUGAAGUGUUCUUCUU